UCUGUAGUUCUUCUUACGCUCCAGGGGCGUGGUAAUUCGAUGUAUGUAUAGAACUGUUCAAUAAAUUUAACGAAGUCGAAAUACAUACAUCUGAGGACUGUUUUCCCGCAGUUUCAUUGUGGUUGUAUUAAAAAUGGUUUUGGAAAUGUAUUUAGAUCUUUUUUCACAGCCAUGUCGUUCGGUAUAUAUCUUUGCCAAGAAGAACAACAUUCCGUUUGAUUUCAAACAAAUUUCGCUUUUGGGAGGAGAGCAGUAUGGAGAAGAGUUCAGGAAGAUUAACAUGAUUUCAAAAGUUCCUGCAAUCCGAGAUGGAGACUUCUGCUUGGGUGAAAGCAUUGCCAUCUUGACCUACCUGGCAGAGAAGUACAAGACCGCAGACCACUGGUACCCAUUGGACCUGCAGAAGCGUGCCCGUGUCAAUGAAUACCUGUCCUGGCAGCACACAGCCAUUCGAAUGCAUGGCUCAAAGAUUUUUUGGCAGAAGGUGAUGAUUCCACAAGUCAUGGGUGUGGAGGUCUCCAAGGACCGGCUUGCUGGGACCCUGGAGGACCUGGAGGUCUCGCUGAAACUCAUUGAAGAGAAGUUCAUCGAGGACAAGCCUUUUAUUGCAGGAGAGCAGAUCUCAUUGGCUGACCUGGUGGCUAUUGUUGAGAUCAUGCAGGUCUCAGGUAUCCCCUUAUCAAGCCAGCAUGAGUUUGACAUGGCCAACUUAUCACUUUCUCGUUCCUAAACAUCACCAUGGUCUGUGCCAUGUUAAUCUGCACUCUGGAAGGCCAAGAGAUCUGAAACUAUUUGAUAUUGAAACUUGGACAAUGGAUAAAAGGACAAUGGAUAACACUGGAUGGAUUAAUGGAUAACACUUAUCUUGCAAAGAUAUUUUCAUAAUGUGUUUGGAGUCAAAUUUACUAACUUGAGUUUGCAAUCAGUAGCCAAGGCAUUUGGAAUCAAGUGUAUAGUUUCAGUACAUUUGUAAUAUCAAAAUAUUGUCAAGCAUGUAGCUAGUAUUUAUUUUAUAGCCAUCGCCUAAUUCAUGAAGGUCUGCAACCUUUUGUUUGUCUGUUCUCUAACCUUCCCAAUGAUUUGGGAAGCACUUGUCACCUGAUAUUUACACCCCAGUGAAACUGGAAGCCAUGGAUGACCACGUAGGAGUUGAUAAAUGAACACAAGACACAAGAAUAAUUUAACCAUUUGUACACACAUUUUUUAUCCCUGAUUCCUUUCAUUUUUUUGUUAAAUAAUUUCCUAAAUACCUUGGCUACUGCUUGCAAACGUAAUUUAUGCAAUCCAGCAAUAGAAAGAAUGUAUCUUUCCAAGCUAUUGAUUGUCUUGACCGGUUGUCAAUAUUAAAUAAUUUCUCAUGGCUUACCGUGGCACCAUAGGGAGAAAUAGUCACAUGUCAAUCAUGCAAAUACUGCAAUAUGUCAAUUAUAUAAUUUACUGCAUUUCACCCACGCUAACUUUUUAAGGCUACUAGGGAGAUGCAGUAGGUGUGUGGGAACCGUUUACAGGCUUUAUUUGGCUAAAUAAAUAAACCUUAAGCCACUUUAUUUUCAUUCAACAUUUAUUUUUGGCUAAUACAUUUAUUUAAGGUAUGACGUGUCAUUACGUCCAUCUGUUAUAUUUAACAAGAAAGUUCAGUGGAAAUGCACCAUUGAAGGCAACUGUCAGAUCUACUUUUUAAGCAAACUCUGUAAAUGUUCAAGAAAAUUACGCCAGAUAAGGUAACGCAAAACUAGCUAUUGAUUUAUUAAUUCAUUACCAACAGAAUUCUGUUGGGUUUAAAAGCAUUGUAACAUUUUUGGGUGUUUUUGCUUUUUGGCAUC